AUGUCUUCUGACAACGCCGAUAUCAAUAUCUUUGCUCCGCCUCCUGCUGAGGAGCAGCAGCAGCAAGCCCAAGAGCCGGACGCGGAGGAGGUUGUCGAGAUGUCGGCCACAAAGUCGAUUGUAGUCCAGCAAAAAAAGCAGAGUCUGAUCCCCGUUGAGUCGUACACAGCAGGCUCGACAACCUCCAUCCCUAAGAAGGCCGAGCCGAAGGUCAAGAAGUUCACGCCGCGCAUGAGCGCCCAGCGCCCUACCAACCGGGUCUCAUGUGCCCGUUGCAUUGCGAGAGGUCACAAGUGCUAUAAAAACCCCUUCGGAAUGGUUUGCCUCGACUGCAAGCAGCUCAAGGCCAGAUGUUCGCUCGUCGCUGAGAAAGCCAAGGCGAAGGGAACGCCUACGCCGGCUCCAGCGGCUCCUAUGGUUCCCAAGCCUGCCGCUGCUCCUACGGCGCCCAAACCCACCGCGGAUCCUAGGCCCAGACCUGCUCCGAAGUCUGCGCAUGCAGCCGUGGCCAAGGACAAGGGAAAAGGCAAGGCCAACGCCAAGUCCACGGUCUCGCCAACACCUCAGCCGGUGGCCGGCCCCUCAAACACAACUGGCGCAUACGCCCUCUUGAACAGCAGUCGCAAGAGGAAGCUGGCCGAAAUCGAGGGGGAGGAAGACUCAGAGAGCUAUCAAGAGGAUGCCUACUUGGCUGGGAGGAUUCAAGCGCUGCCUGGCUUGAUCUCCAUUGUUGAGACGGCCCUUGCUUCGCCAAGCUUAUACGGAUCUGAGGAGAGGCCGUCGAGCUCCGUUACAACCGAAACCGGAACUGGCAGUAUGACAGUCCAUCGGAGACUCUCAACGAUAGAUGCCCCGGCCGAUAGCUUCGUGGGUUAG